AUGGAACGUCACCAAAAUGGUAUGGAUGUGUGGGUAGGGCAAGGACGUGUCAACCAGUUGGGCGGGUUGUUCAUCAACGGUCGUCCGCUGCCGAACCACAUCCGCCUGAAAAUCGUGGAGAUGGCAGCGGCGGGAGUGCGGCCCUGCGUCAUCUCGCGCCAGCUCCGCGUCUCGCACGGCUGCGUCUCUAAGAUACUCAACAGAUACCAGGAGACGGGUUCCAUUAGACCAGGCGUGAUUGGAGGUUCAAAACCAAGGGUUGCUACGCCAGAAGUCGAAGCCAGAAUCGAAGAGCUCAAGAGACAGAACCCUGGCAUCUUCUCUUGGGAAAUACGGGAAAAACUUAUCAAGGAGGGCGUGUCCGACCCACCCAGCAUCUCAUCCAUAUCUCGACUGUUGCGCGGCGGAGCACGCGAUCCAGAUGGAAAGAAGGAUUACAGCAUCGACGGAAUUCUUGGCGGCCGAGGUUCAGAUUCGUCAGACAUAGACUCGGAGCCAGGGUUGACACUCAAGAGGAAACAGCGGCGGUCCCGCACCACAUUUACUGGGGAACAGCUGGAUGCCUUGGAGAGAGCUUUCCAUCGGACGCAGUACCCUGAUGUUUAUACACGUGAAGAGUUAGCCCUGCAGACUGGACUCACGGAGGCUAGGAUACAAGUUUGGUUUUCCAACCGCCGUGCCCGUCUACGAAAACAUACUGGAUCAAAUCCCAGUCCUGGCAUUGGUGGCUACUCUUCCAUUCCUAUGCCUCAGAUACCAUGUCCCUAUCCCGCUGGAGAGAUACCUUCUCUAUCUCAACACCAUCCCCAACACCCUGAUGCCUGGCACCACCAAAAGUAUGCCAACUAUAACCAACUAAUGGCUCAGUCCCAGCAUUUGAACCAAGCCUUCCAAAACGCAGCGUUUCCUAGUACUUCAGGAUCCACUUUCAGCCACUUGGUGCCCAGUGCCAAUGGUCCUCCCCAUAGCCAAUUAUUAGAAAGUGGUAUUCCAAGAAAUGACUACGCUAGAUAUCCUAGUAGCGAAAUAUAUAACAAACCUAUUAAUUAUUUACCAAAAGAGGCUGAAGUUGACGACAAAGUCAACAGUGAUGAAGUUAUUGAGCCAAGAGAAGACACUUUCGAUAAACCGACUGGUGAUGAGUACAGCAAAGCGUUACCAAAUACUGAUUAUCCUAAAGUUCCUGCUGAUUAUUCUAAACUAUCUGCAGAUCCUUCUGUAGCUUCUAAUUGGAGUCCGUCACAUAAUUCACUGAAUAUGAGCCUGGCGGGUCUGUCAAGUGAAUAUAAGUACAUGAAUGAUCCUUACUCAUUCCCAAACGUGUCAGAUCCAUUAUCCCAGCACAACUAUCCAAAUCCACCAAAUGCUGCUAACAAGUACUGGAUUUGA